UGCGAAGCACGGAUUUCGACCAUGGUAAAGAAGCAGACAACACGACUUCCAGGUUGGGGUCUUGUUGUGCUAUUCCUUUAUUUCGCUGGAUUGUGCUGUGGGUGCCCGAAGCCAUGUGAGUGCUAUGAAGACUGGGACCGCAGCAUCACAGCCAACUGCACGUCGAAGCAUCUGACAGAACUUCCAGAACCUGAGGUCGACAUCGCGCGAUUUUAUAUCAGUCACAAUGACAUAGAAACUCUGAAAGGUUUCUGGCACUCUUCAGCCUUUCCUGAACUCAAAGAGUUUUGGGCAGACGCAGCAAGAAUUCAGUAUAUAAAAGUGGGUGCUUUCAGUUACAUGACAAAACUAUCCAAACUUUCUCUCAGAUACAAUCUGAUAGAAAAUCUUCAACUCGAAGUUUUUCAAGGACUGGAAAGCUUAGAGGAACUUAGGUUAGAAGGUAACAGGCUUCAAGAGGUUAAUGCAAACGUAUUUACACAUUUGAAGAAAUUGGAAGAAUUAUAUUUGGAUAAUAACCUAAUAGAAAUUGUAGAGUUUGGCGCAUUUGACGGUUUAGACAGUUUAAAAAUAUUGUCAUUGGGUAAAAACUUCAUAGCCAGACUGGCGUCUAAUACAUUUCACGGACUCAUAAGUUUGAAGGAUCUGAGACUGCAUAGGAAUUAUUUGAGAAUUCUGGAUCAGAAAUUAUUUCAUGAUUUGAAAAAUCUGACAAACUUAAAACUGAAUGAUAAUGAGAUAGAGAAAAUGGUAUCUAAUAUAUUCUCAGACUUGCAAAGUUUGGUCAGACUGAAUAUAAACGGGAAUUGUUUAAGGAAAUUUCAGCAUCAUUACGUUGGCAAAGUGGCAGUCAAGAAUAACCAAAGCCAACCACAUAUGUUUGCAGCAUUGUCAAACCUGGUGUAUCUUCAUGCAAGUGACAAUCUGUUAGAGGAACUGGAUUCAUUUUUAUUUAAAGACCUCGUGAGACUCAAGUUUCUUGACUUAUCGCGGAAUAGGUUAAGGAGUUUGCAUGAAGAUACCUUCAUCUACAACAAGCUUUUAACUGACUUACUUCUGUCAAACAAUCCAAGACUUGUGAUACCUAAGAAUACGUCAUUUAUCAAAGUGAAUUCUCUAAAGAAAUUAUAUCUUUCGAGCUGUGGAAUAGCCGACAUAUCUGAAAGAAGUUUUGAAUAUCUUCCAAAUCUCCAAGAUGUUAGACUAGACCGCAAUUCGCUCAAGACACUGAAAGUAGAAGUGCUUAUGGGUUUGAGGCGUCUGGAAAAGUUGUCUCUGUAUGGUAACCCUUUAGAAUGUGACUGUGCGCUGAAGAAGACCUGGCAAUGGUGUCACAAUAAACCCAUACAUCUGGUACACAGAACACCAUUUUGUAUACAGCCUAAAAAUGAGCUCGGAAGGUCUUGGAAUAUGCUUCAAUCCAUGCAAUGCUUCAAUUAUUUUUCAGGGGGAGAAUUUUUUAAAAUAUUCUGCUCAUUCGUGGAACCACUGGUGUUUGCAAUUAUUUUGUUGUCUGGUGCAACUGGUACUGGUGCUUUGUUUUUGACUUUUGCUAGCUAUGAAAAAAUACUCGAAACCCCAAGCGCGUGUAUUUUCAGUAUAGCAGUAGCUGACUUCCUAAUGAUAAUGGUGUUCCUGCCUAUGAGUUUUAUCAGUGCCUUCACACAAAUGUGGAAAUUUGGUCUCCCAUUGUGUAAAAUAUUCAUGUUUACACGUGAUUUGAUAAUUGGUGUAACUGUGUUUUCUGUAAUUGUGUUUGGUUAUCACAUUUAUACGUGGAGGACCCAUUGUUUCCGGGCACAUAAUUAUGGGUUUGGAUCUACUUCGAAAGCAGCCAUUCUUCAUUUAGUUGGAAUCUGGUUUGUGUCUACGACACUUGCGUUUCCUGCGCUUUUAUCGGCAUCAAAUGACUACGACAAGUGUAUCUACGCUCCAAUAAGUUAUGGAUUUUAUUAUAUUCCUUGCGUCACAUUAGUACAGUUGUUCAUCUAUUCCAUACUGCCCUUAUUCUUUAUGGUAUUAGUUUAUACCAUAACACAGAGGCGGAUACUAGUGAAAUCACAAAAAGUCGCAGGAAAAAUAUCUGAGGAUAAACAGAUUACAAGGAAACAACUUUCUAAAAUUGUUGUAAGUUUGACUUCGGUUUUAAUUAUCAGCUAUGCACCGAAUAUGAUCAUGAGAAUUCUAGUGAGUCUAUAUCUUGUAAAUCAAAAUUCUGAUAUUACGAAGAUUUUUGUCUUCUUAACAGACUGUCUAUUUUAUUCAAACACUUGGCUUAAUCCCCUGGUUCUUUAUUACACCUGCAAUACAUAUAAGCGUGAUUUCCAGCGAAUUAUUCAUUGUGAACGGUUCAGAAAGAAGUUUCUGAAGCAAGAGGACACACUGUCACACGCAACAGUGUCUGACCAAAAAAGUUCAGUUUCUGAAAUACGGUAUUGAGCAUAUCUGACUGCGGUCAGCAUUUAAAAUGUGCUAGUUAAAAUUUUCAGACUAUAUGCUUUUGUUGUCAUGUGUCGUGUAACUGAACGCUAAUAUGAAGGGCACUUGGCCAAGGAGGAAAGGAAGUGAAGGGUCAGAGCAAAGGGGUUUUGGAACAGAACAAAAGACGUAUUAAAUAAUUCAAGCGAACUCGAAAACCACAGUAGGGCGCAGCUCCAUACACGCUGUAACUGUGUAACUGAUCAUAUGAGGCACAUCCACAAAUAUACUGGCCGAUUUCUCAUAUACGUGAAACAAAGUGCCUCAUUUGAUCUGAGGCUCCCACCGCGGCGACUACGCAGAACAAGGUCUUCUGACUUGUGACGCCGUGUAGUUGGGACAGAACUCAGCUUUCCGCCUGCUUCUGCCGGUUUCUUUUUUGAUUACACUUCGACCUUGAAGAUGGAAACGAUAUAUUUUUUCAACGUGUCUGGUUUUCUCCGAACUACACGGCGUUACAACCAAGACGACUGCGCCGUGCUUCAGAAAUUGAGACACCCCGCUUUUAAACAGAUCCCUUCAAUUGGACCAGUGUACUGUCAAGGGCAGAAAUGUUUUCCCGGUCAAUGUGUUGGUUGGAAGGUGUUAAGUAUGUGGCAUGGUUGCCCGACGUCAUUGAACUCUACCCAAGGAACUCACAAGUGUCGUUCGCUUUUGAGUUAAUUAUAACAAAUAUUCAAUUUUAUGUAAAUGUGAAAUAAGGUUCAAACUUAUACAGUUUCAUAUUAAUAAAAGUACGAACAUUGUGAUUGUUCCAAAUUGUGUUAAUUUACUUGAUGAUUAUUUUUACAUGAACGCCGACCAAAAGAAACCAGAACCUACAUUUCUUUUUCAUCUUACAUGAGUUAUUCAUGUAAACAUCAGUUGCUUACUCAAUUGUUCGAUCAAACUGCUGUUAGAAAUGUAUUUCUUGAGUGAUA